AUGGAUAGUGCUCUGUCUAUGGGGGUUGUGAACUCAUUGUGUCCUCCAUCUCAAAUUUGGAGAGUGGUUGUUAGAGUCAUUCGUCUUUGGGUAGUUUAUGCUAAGAAUGGAAAUAGAGUUCCAAAGUCUGUGGAGAUGGUGUUGAUGGAUCAUUAUGGUGGAAAGAUUCAGUGUUCUUUAAGAAAUGAAAUGUUUAUCAAAUGGGGAGAUAAAUUUGAGGAAGGCAAUGCUUAUAAGAUUACAUUUGGUCGGCUUAUUCCAAAUAUGGGAGGUUAUCGUGCUACUCAACAUCCCUAUAAGAUGUUGUUGAUUGAAAAUUCAUUGGUUUCAGUGUGUGAAAUUUCUGAAAUACCUAGGUGGGGUUUAUCAUUGAGGGACUCCGAACAAGUGAGAGCAAUGGGUGUUAAGUCAGAUUACCUUAUUGAUUUUAUGGGCUUGCUCACAUCCAUUAUUGAAGAGAGGACAUGUGUUAAGAAAGGAAAAAUGUCUAAGAUGAUGAUAGUUGAACUUUGUGAUGACAAGGGUAGAGUUGAAUGUGUACUAUUUGAUGAUCAUGCAAAAUUUGUUACUGACCAUUUGUCACUGCAUUCAAAUGAAGAAGCAAUCCUGGUCUUUCAAUUUGCAAAAAUAAACAAAUUUAGAGGUAAAAGUGUGCUGCAAGGCGUGGUUGGAGCUUCUAGGCUAAGUUUCAAUCCUCAAAUUCCGGAGGUUAUGUCAUUCUGGAAUGGGAUUGCAUACCAUGGUGACUGUGGGGAUCCUCAAAUAAUAACUGGGGAAAUUGAAAUUGGUGAAGUGUCAAUGGUUGAUGAUUUUAUUAACAAUCACCCUAGGAAAACUUUGUUAUCAUUGAGUGAAACCAAAGAAGAUGGAAAUUUCAUUGUCAGAGCCAAGAUAGUUAAUAUUUUAAAAGAGGAUGGUUGGUGGUACUUAGCGUGUUUGUGUGAUCGUGCUGUGAUUAUUGAGGAUUCCUAUUACUAUUGUAGUGCAUGUUUUACACGGGUGAACUAUGUUUCUCCGAGGUUCAGGAUUAAGGUAAAAGUAUCUGAUGGAUGUGAUUCAAUUGACUUUGUGAUGCCUGAUUCAGUUGCUGAAUAUCUGGUUAAGAAAUCUUGUAGGGAAGUGCUUAGUAUGUUUGAGGAACCCAACUAUGUGGAUGUGUCACCUUGCAUUGAGGAAGCCUUGGUGGGAAAGGAUCUGCUGUUUAAGGUUGAAAAGAGAAUGGUAAACUUAUAUAACUAUGAAGAUCCCUACCAUGUGAAACGUGUGUGCAAUGAUACUGAUAUUAUUGAUCUGUUCACGCUAAAUGAUGCAGUUGAAACUCCUAAUUUGGCCAAGUUUCCAGGGUCAUUUUCGAUAAUGAAUAUUGAUGAAUUUGAUUUUGAUUUUGGUAUUGAUCUGCUAAUGAGUCCUGAUGAGUUAGUUCCUGCUGAACUUUGCAAGCCAAAAAAAUUGUUUAGUACCCAUGAAUAUGGGAGUUGCUCAAAGUCAUACAAGAGAAAGUUGGAGGAAGAAUUUGAUCAGCAAAAGGAUCACUGUCGUGCUAAGGGUGAUGACUCCAUUGUUGGGUCAUUGUAG